CGACCUGGUUCCCCAUACACUUCGUUCCACAAUGUCUUUGAAGGUUGCUGCCGCCUACUGCAUGGCCUAUGUGGCCGGUCAGGAGUCUCCCAGUGAGGCUGAUGUUAAGAAGAUUCUCGAGUCUGUUAGCGCCCCCGUUGACGAGGAGCAAAUCAAGUCUCUCGUGAGCCAGCUUGAGGGCAAGGACAUCGCUGCCCUCAUCAAGGAUGGCAAGGAGAAGCUCUCUUCUUGCGCUGGUGCCGCUCCUGCUGCUGCUACUGGCGCUUCUGCUGCUGCUGGUGCCAAGGAGGAGGCAGCUGCCCCUGUUGAAGAGGAGGAGGAAGAAGAGGAAGAGGACAUGGGCUUCGAUCUCUUCGAUUAACCAGUUUCUUCUAACUAACUGCCUAAGUCGACACUAGACGGGUUAGCUUGUGGGAACG